CCGGUUGGUCUUGGUUUCAGCAGCGAGACCGCACCCUGUUCUGAGGAAUGUGAGGGUUGGAAUCCACGCUGUGGACAGCUAAGAUCUUUGGUGGGCAGGCAGCUGCUUGCACCUGACACUGAGCGCUGCAUCUCACAAAACUACAGCCGCACCUCGCAAAUCAAGAUUCACCCGACUAGCUGGAAUGAGAACCACAGAAUGAUGGAACGCUUGUCAUCAUCAUGGCUGAAGGUGGCGAUUGGGGAGGUGAUGCAGUGACAUCUACAUCAAGUCAACAGAAAGGUGGGAAAUUAGGCAAAGUUUUCAAAAGACUUUUGCCAGGCACCUCAUCAAAGAAAGAUGGUCAAAACACAGGAACAACGACAGAAAAACAAAGUGGGAUUGAGAGCAGAAAGUCAAUGGAAUGUGAAGCUGCCAAAGAGAAAAGGGAAAAAUGUCAGUCCCGAGGGAGAGGAACAGGAGACGUGGAUCACGGCCCUGGAACUGACCCAAGUGGCGAAAUCCAUCAUGACCGAGAUCCAUCAGACAAGGAAUCAUCGAGUCUCAUUCAAGAGACAGCAGAACGGCAGAAUAUGGUAACACCUAUCCACACCACGGCUGAAGUUGGAAACAGGACUGCGGCUCCAGUGACCUCAACAGUAAGGACAGACACAGAUCUAACGCCUACAUUCUCUGAGUUCCUGACACAGUGGAACGACUUCCAAUUGUUCCAGCUGACAAAAUUCUAUCGGGAGAGACUGAAGCAAGCGAUUGAAGAAGGGGUUGAAAAACUCGGCUUCAUGAUGAGACGGCAGGGAAAUUUCAGUGAACAGGAACACGGGGUAAGUGGAAGGAUCACGGUGACUUAUGUUUCCUGUCACAGAACUAACAUCAUCGAGGGGGGAAGAGUGACCAAUACCAGUCCCACUCAUCUCACACUCCCUGGGUUGAACAGCGCAAUGGAGGCACUGAUCUUUGAUCAAUUUGUGUCCUGUAGAUCUGGUAUCAGGAAUACAACCUGACUGCAGGUAGAUGGU